AUGCGGGUGCAUCGUUGGACGUGUUUUUUCGUGCUCUUCCUUUGGACCUGCUCCGCCGUGGUGGAGUCCGCCAACGUACUGUCAGUGUGUAGCAACUGCACGCACACCACGAUUAACAGUGCGGUAGUCUCCGCCGGGCCGGGCGAUAUUAUCAUCAUCGCCCCUGGAAAUUACAAUGAACCGCAGACAUCUAUUGGGUUCCCUCUUACCUUCCAGGCCACGGAUGGCGACGUUUGUGUCUCAACGACGAGCACAUACUAUACCACGUGGCUAAUAAUCAAUUCCGUGCUGACCCUAAAUGGCUCGUUCACGACCAACGGCGCAUGCUUAGAGGUGCCGGGGGCCCUGUACCAAUACGGAACACUCAUUAUGGUGCCAGCAAUUCGCGCGAUAUAUCUGAACCAGGGCCAGUGGCACCAAUACGGGCACGUGCACCUGAUUUCUGCAGGGGGCGCCAACGGAAUCAUCAACCUGAGCGGGAUAUGGGAUCAGUAUGGCACUGUCCUCCUCGAGGCAACUGGUGAAACUGGGGUGUUCUUGGGAGUGUUCUCUGGUCCACCUGGUGUCUGGAAUCAGUAUGGCAGUGCGGAGCUUGUGGUCCUGCAUGGUAACGGGUUGGUGACUCAGGAUACCUUUGCGUGUGCAUGGAGGCAAGAGGGCACACUCAAGGUCACUGCCUUGUCCACAUCAAAUGGUGUAGUGUUGAACACAGGAGCCACCUGGACGCAGCUCAACAGCAGCGUGUUUACUGUGGAUGACCAAUCAAACGGAGUAAGUCUGGCAGGAGCAUGGACCCAGCAGUCCAGUGUCAACAUGACCAUUCGUGACAGGAGUGUGGGUACUCAUACUGAGCCAUAUUAG